AUGAAUAGUAGCGCUAUAAAUAAAUCCAGAAGUAAAUAAAGUUCUUAUGAUUCUAAUUAAUAAUUAAGAACUAUUCUAUUGACUUCAUUAGCUAAAUUACAGUAUAAAUGAAAACUUAUAUUUAGUUCCCAAAGUACUGCUUAGACAGGAUUUAGUGAAUUGAGAUCAUUGAUUGCAUAAUUGUCAUAACAUUAAUUCAUAAUUUUAAUGAAUCUCCUUGACUCAAAUGAUCUAUCUAAAUAAGCAAAGAAGGAUUAUAUUAAAGUCUUUGGUAUUUUAGCUGAAAUAAGAGGUAAUGAGAUCCAAGAAUAAAUAACAAGGAUAAUUCAAAUAAUAAAUAAAAGAAUUUAAGAAGGUAUAAACAUAUAUAUAUAUAAUUUAUAUUAGGGGACUCUUCUUUAUUACAAGUCAUCUAAGAUACUUUUGCUAAUAUAAAUGAAUUUACUAUCUAAAAUUCUCCAAAUAAAUUUGAUUUAUUCUUUUAAAUCACUGAAUUAUUGCAAUCUAAUUUUGCGCAUAAUAACAAAGUGGCUUAGUUAAUAAGUGCUGCUUCUCUAUGUAGAAUUAUCAAAACUAGUUAAUCACAAUUAUUAGAACUAGUUUGUAAAUAAUAUUCUUAAAGAACCUUAGAGAUAUUAAAGUAAUUUAUAAUUUCAACUUAGAUCACCUCAUUGUUAAACAUAAUAAGGAUUAUUAGAAAGUCUUUUAUGUAUAAUCUUAACUGUAGAGGAGAUUUUUGAGUCUAAUUUAGAGGAUUGUUUAAAUACAAUUUGUAAUUGUUUAAAAUCAUCUGAAUGGAAUUCACGGUAUCAUUUUUGUUAUGAUUAGUAAAAUUGCAGUUGAUAUAUUGUAUACAUUAAGUGUUAUUUUUCCUCAUUUUUUUAGAUCUAAUGAACUAUAUUCAAAUAAGAUUAGUGAAUUAAGAUUUGAUAAAAUUAAGUAGGUGAGAGAUGCUGCUUAAAUUGCUAUAUCGUCAUUAAAAGAAUCUCAUAUAUAUUAAUAAUCAUCCUAAAGAGAACAUAAAUCAGUAUUCAAAUCAAAUGCAAAUUAAAGUUUUUUUGAAAAAAACUCAGAUAUUUAAAUUGUUGAGAACAAGCCAAGAGAAAAUGUGUCUGAAAAAUAAUAGAUUAUUAAAUAGGAAUAACAAUUAAAAAGUGAUUCAUAAUAGUCUAAAUACAAUUAUAAAUAGUACACUGAUGAAAAGAAAUAAUAAACCAUUUAAAUUUUGACAGAAUCAAACGUAUUAGCACCUGCUCAUUUAGAAUAAUUUUAAUAUUUGUAGUUGCCUUAUAAAAUAAAUAGUUUUGAAUCAAGUACAAAAAAAGCAUAAUUUAAUUUAAGUUAAGAAUAUUAAAUUUCUAACAUAAGUUCUUCUACACCUAAUAAAUAAUAAUCAGAUCUAAUGAAAUUGUGUGAUUCUGUGAAAGCUAAGUAAUUAGAUUAAUAUGAGUAACUCAUUACUAAUAGAAUUGAAGAAUCUGAAUAAGCAACUAAGUAGGAGUUUUCUAAAAUUAACUAGAGGAUUGAUAAAAUUGAAUUAUUAUUAGUGAAAAUUAAUGAAACAAUUAAUUAAAAAUUAAAUAAUUAAGAAUAAUAAUAAUAAUAAUAAUAAUAAUAAUAAUAAUAAUAAUAAUAAUAAUAAUAAUAAUAAUAAUAAUAAUAAUAAUAAUAAUAAUAAUAAUAAUAAUAAUAAUAAUAAUAAUAAUAAUAAUAAUAAUAAUAAUAAUAAUAAUAAUAAUAAUAAUAAUAAUAAUAAUAAUAAUAAUAAUAAUAAUAAUAAUAAUAAUAAUAAUAAUAAUAAUAAUAAUAAUAAUAAUAAUAAUAAUAAUAAUAAUAAUAAUAAUAAUAAUAAUAAUAAUAAUAAUAAUAAUAAUAAUAAUAAUAAUAAUAAUAAUAAUAAUAAUAAUAAUAAUAAUAAUAAUAAUAAUAAUAAUAAUAAUAAUAAUAAUAAUAAUAAUAAUAAUAAUAAUAAUAAUAAUAAUAAUAAUAAUAAUAAUAAUAAUAAUAAUAAUAAUAAUAAUAAUAAUAAUAAUAAUAAUAAUAAUAAUAAUAAUAAUAAUAAUAAUAAUAAUAAUAAUAAUAAUAAUAAUAAUAAUAAUAAUAAUAAUAAUAAUAAUAAUAAUAAUAAUAAUAAUAAUAAUAAUAAUAAUAAUAAUAAUAAUAAUAAUAAUAAUAAUAAUAAUAAUAAUAAUAAUAAUAAUAAUAAUAAUAAUAAUAAUAAUUAAUUUGCUUGAAAUAGAAAGUAGAAUCCGUCAAGAUUUAUGAAAAUGAAAUGAUUCCAAGUCAAAUUCAUUAAGAAAUUCAAUCAAAAGAUAAAAUUUUAAAUAAUUCAUUAAAUGUGAUUAUUUAAGAAUAAUAACAGAAUUCCAAAAUGAAAGAUUUAUUUAUUUUUGGAUAAAAAAGUGAAUAAAAAUUAGGAGAAUCAAAUAUUGAAUCAAAUUCAAGAAAUAUGAGUGAAGGAGAAUUUAAAGACAGAUAAAAUCAUUAAAGAUCAUUUUCAGAAGCUUCUCCAAUAAGAAAUCAAGAUUAAUCAAUAUUAACUAAAGAUAGCAAAUAGACAAAAGAAUAGAAUUCUCCAUAAUUUUAAUUAUAGGAUCCGAAAAUUAAAGAAUAAUAGAAGAUAAUGUUAAGAGUUGAGGAACAAUUGAAAGUAUUUAUUAUAUUUAAUUUUAGAAAGAUAAUAUAAAUGAAGCUUUUUGCACUGCAUUAACUUCUUUAGAUGAUUAGAUUAUCAUAUCAACUAUGAUGAAAACUGGUCCUUGCACAGAAAGACUUGAUUCUACCUAAGUCGAAUUUUUAUUACAUAAAUUAAGAAGUCUAGAUUGGAUUGAAAAUGCUCUGCAUCAUCAUUUAGCUAGAAUGCCAGCUAUCCUUUUGAAAUCAAUAUCAACAUAACUAAAUAAUACCCAAACAACAGAAUAAGUAAAAAGAAUUUAAGAAUUGAUUGGUACCAAGAAAUCUGGAACAUCAAAGUGAA